GGCACCGAGAGCCGAGACAUCCCAUCCAUCCAAGCACACGCGCGCACACGCACGCACGCACGUACAUCGCGCGCGCCACGCCACGCCACGCCGCGGUCACACCGUUCCAAGCCACUCUCACACGCACGCGCGUCGCCGCCACUACACUCUCAUGGCUUUCACGGUCAAGGCGUCGUCGCCGUCGUCGCCGGCUGCUUCUUCUUCUUCUUCCUCGGCGCCAGCUAAGCUCGGAGCGGCGCCGGGGAGGGUCGCGGUCAGGAAGCUCACCGCGGCGGCGACGUCGCUUAGGCUCGAUCGGGCGCCCGCGGCGCCGGCGACGGAGCGCGGGCUGUCGUCGGUGUCGCGGACCAUGUCGAGGCUGAUGGAGAAGGGGAAGACGGCGUUCAUCCCGUACAUCACCGCCGGCGACCCGGACAUGGGGACGACGGCGGAGGCGCUGCGGCUGCUCGACGCGUGCGGCGCCGACGUCAUCGAGCUCGGCGUGCCCUUCUCCGACCCCUACAACGACGGCCCCGUCAUCCAGGCCUCCGCCGCGCGGGCGCUCUCCGCCGGCGCCACGAUGGACGGGAUCAUGUCGAUGCUCGCGGAGGUGACGCCGGAGCUGUCAUGCCCGGUGGUGCUCUUCUCCUAUCUCGGCCCCAUCGUCCGGCGAGGUCCGGCCAACUUCACCGCCGCAGCCAAAGAAGCCGGCGUACAAGGUCUAAUAGUACCUGAUCUUCCUUACCUAGAGGCAUGCUCUUUCAGGAGUGAAGUUAUCAAGAACAACCUAGAGCUGGUGCUGCUUACUACACCAACUACACCACCAGACAGGAUGAAGGCAAUCACAGCCGCCUCAGGAGGAUUUGUUUACCUGGUUAGUGUCAAUGGAGUUACAGGAUCUCGCCAAGACGUGAACCCGCGUGUUGAGCAUCUCCUUCAGGAGAUUAAGCAGGUCACUGACAAAGCUGUGUGUGUUGGCUAUGGCAUAUCAACCCCUGAUCAUGUUAGACAGAUAGCAGAGUGGGGUGCAGAUGGGGUGAUCAUUGGCAGUGCAAUGGUGAGGCAGCUGGGUGAAGCAGCUUCUCCCAAGCAAGGGCUGAAAAGGCUGGAGAAGUAUGCUAGGAGCCUGAAGAAUGCACUUCCAUAGAAGCUAUAAAAACAAGUUGCUAAAUAAUGGCAUGAGAGAUUAAUUAAUUAAUCUCUUGGUGAUGACUAGCUACAUGCAUAAAAGGGAAGCUGAAGCUGCCUUUCUCAUAGUCUCAUAGUUAACUGUACCGCAAAUUAGCACUAGAAAGUGUUAUAGAUAAUAAGUGAUGUAUAGGCAUCCAGAUCCUUGGGGACUGUAAAACACCUCGUCUGUGUAGAGGUCGGAUGUUAAUUCUUCGGUUGUUCGAAGAAAAUAAUUGCUGCAAAUUGUGUGCA